GAGUGGGCAGCUCUGAAACCUCAGAAGAAAGGCUCGCUCAGGUACCUGGUCUUCCUGCCUCGAUGGAUUACACGAUGGAGCCCAACGUCACGAUGACCGACUACUACCCUGAUUUCUUCACCGCCCCCUGUGACUCAGAGUUCCUCCUCAGAGGCAGCAUGUUGUAUCUGGCCAUCUUGUAUUGCGUCUUGUUUGUGCUGGGCCUUCUGGGGAACAGCCUGGUCAUCUUAGUCCUUGUGGGCUGCAAGAAACUGAGGAGCAUCACAGACAUCUACCUCCUGAACCUGGCCGCGUCCGACCUGCUCUUUGUCCUGUCUAUUCCCUUUCAGACCCACAACCUGCUGGACCAGUGGGUGUUUGGGACUGCGAUGUGUAAGGUGGUCUCUGGCCUUUAUUACAUUGGUUUUUUCAGCAGUAUGUUCUUCAUCACCCUCAUGAGUGUGGACAGGUACCUGGCUAUUGUCCACGCUGUCUAUGCCAUCAAGGUGAGGACGGCCAGUGUGGGCACAGCCCUGAGCCUGAUAGUGUGGCUGGCUGCUGUCACAGCCACCAUCCCGUUGAUGGUUUUUUACCAAGUGGCCUCUGAAGACGGCAUGCUACAAUGUUUCCAGUUUUACGACGAGCAGUCUUUGAGGUGGAAGCUCUUUACCCACUUUGAAAUCAACGCCUUGGGUCUGCUGCUUCCCUUCUCCAUCCUCCUGUUCUGCUAUGUCAGGAUCCUGCAGCAGCUGCGGGGCUGCCUGAACCACAACAGGACCAGAGCCAUCAAGCUGGUGCUCACCGUAGUCAUUGUGUCUUUACUCUUCUGGGUCCCAUUCAACGUGGCCCUCUUCCUCACGUCCCUGCACGACCUGCACAUCUUGGAUGGAUGUGCCACGAGGCAGAGGCUGGCUCUGGCCAUCCAUGUCACAGAGGUCAUCUCUUUUACCCACUGCUGCGUGAACCCCGUCAUCUACGCGUUCAUAGGAGAGAAGUUUAAGAAACACCUCAUGGAUGUGUUUCAAAAGAGCUGCAGCCACAUCUUCCUCUACUUAGGGAGACAAAUGCCGCUGGGGGCGUUGGAAAGGCAGCUGUCCUCCAACCAGCGAUCUUCCCAUUCUUCCACCCUGGAUGACAUCUUGUAAGGGGAGUGUGCAGGGCAGGCAG